AUGCAUCGUGAGACUGCACCACCAAGUUCAUGGAUUUAUCAAACAUUGGCCAUUAUUCAGCCUCAACCAGCUGAGGUUAAAAAUUACAAAAUUCCAUUAGCACCAGAAGUUUUACGUUCAUGCUUAAAAAAAACGCCAACAUUCACUGUACGUGAAAUUGUUAAAUGUUUAUUUCCUGAUCAAGAAAAAUUAACAACAUUGAAAGCAUCUGAUUUAAAUCAUGAAUUAUUCGGUUCAAUAAUGGGUAACCUUAAGACUUAUUUAAAAGACGAUAAAAAAGUUCAAAAAUUGUAG